AUGGACUCGCUCGGAGCUGUGCGCGAGACGAUGGCGUCCCCGUCCUGCGUCUUCAAGCUCUACUACGACGACGGGCCUUCGCCCUCGACCCGUCGGUACGGCUACCAGGGCCCCCUCGCCCUCGAGCAGGUGUACACUGGCCUCCACGAGCGCGCUGCCCAGGUCUUCCACCUUGCGCGCAACGACGUCGUCCUCUCGGUCCGCGACUCGCUCGGCAAUCCUUCCCUCACGCUCGAGUCGUUCGCCGCCUUCGUCCAGCACGUGUGCGACCCGCUCGUCCAGCACCCCGAGAAGGCCAAGAUUGACGACAAGAAGCGCGUCGUCCUCGGCUUCGUCGUCCAGAGCAAGGCGGCCCUCGAGCGCACCGAGCGUCGCAAGGCCGAGUCGCGCCAGGCCACCGCCGCCGUCGCUACCGCCACCGCCGCCGUCGCUACCGCCGCCGCCGCCGCCGCUACUGCCGCCGCGACGGCCAACAAGCGCAAGGCCGACGAGGACGCCGAGGGCCACCAGGUCUAUCUCGAGCGCUCCGCAGCGCGCCCUCCUCGCAAGACGGCCCCGCGCGCCUCGGCCGCCGCCGCCAAGACGGGCUACGCGCCCAGCUACAUCACGCUUGCCUCGUCGGCGUCCGACUCGCCCGUUGUCACGACCGAGGCGGCGUCGCAGACGGUUCGCCCCGAGUCGCCGUCGCCGUCGCCCACGUCGGCGCCUGCCCGUCAGCUCGAGCCCGCCGAGUCGUGGACCGGCGUCAAGGCGCUCCUCGGCAAGUUCGUGCGCGACCUCAACUCGCACCUCGCCGACACGUUCGGCGACGAGGCGGCGCCGUUCGAGCUGCGCGAGCGCUCGCCGACCCCGGACGUCGUCAAGGUCGAGGAGGACGUCAAGGUCGAGAAGGCGACGGUCGACGAGGUCGACAAGAAGGUCGUCCACUACAGCGUGUACUGCGACUGUUGUAUGAAGACGAUCGUCGGCUCUCGCUUCAAGUGCGCGGCAUGCACCAACUACGACCUAUGCGGCGAGUGCGUCGACGCUCGCUGCGACUUCCACCCGGCGCCGCACAACUUCCUCGAGAUCGCCCGCCCGUACGCGUCGCCGGUCCCGUCCACUCGCGGCUCCCUCAAGCGCGUGUUGGGGUUCAAGCCCGUCGUCGAGGUCAAGCCUGACGUCGUCGAGAACGAGGUCAAGCCGGUCGUCCACUCGGCGACGUGCGACGUGUGCACCCGCACGAUCGUCGGGACCCGCUUCAAGUGCCUCCAAUGCGCCGACUACGACUGCUGCGGGGCCUGCAAGACCGAGUACGUCGACGAGGUCCACCCGCACCACAACUUUGUCGCCGUCAGCGACCCGAAGGACAUCCAGCACCGGCCGCAGCCCGACUCGCGCACGGUCCACCGCAACAUUGUCUGCGAUGGGUGCAACCAGUCGCCGCUCGUCGGCGUGCGCUAUCACUGCACGCACCCGGCGUGCUCGCAAGACGGCGGCUUCGACCUGUGCUCGGCGUGCGAGUCGCUCCCGAUCCCGGUCCACCCGCACGACCACAACCUCCUCAAGAUCCGCGAGCCGCUCAACCCGUUCUCGCACGUCGGCCGCACCGUCGUCGAGCACGCGACCGAGCACGCCCAGAACCUCCUGUCCCGCGUCGAGCAGGGCGCAGAGCGCCACGGCAUCGUCGCCGCGCUUAGCUCGGGCCCGAUCGCGAGCGUCCUCGAGUCGCUCGGCAUCCACGUGCCCGUCCCGGCCGCCCCUGCGCCCGGUGCGCGCGCCAUCGCCGCCGAGUCGCCCAAGGUCAUGAGCGCCGAGCUCCUCGCCGGCCCAGGCGAGGACAAGACGCUCGUCGUCGACGUCGACGUGUCGCAGCUCUCGGCCGAGCAGCUCAAGGGCCUCCCGGCCGAGCUUCACGUCCCGGUCUCGCUGUCGAGGCAGCAGGCGGCCGAGACGGUCGAGGCUGUCGAGACCAAGCUCGGCGAGAUGCAUCUCAACGACGCUCCCGAGCCCGACUCGUCCAAGGUCGACACCGAGGGCAUCGAGUCCGACAACGACGAGUCGUCGUCGACGACGCUGCCCGUCCCGGUCGUCCAGGACGACUCGCCUCGCGCCAUCUUCGUCAGCGACAUCACGCUGCUCGACGGCUCGGUCGUCCCUGCGGGCAGCGAGUUCCACAAGGUGUGGGCCGUCCGCAACUCGGGCACGACGUCGUGGCCAGCCGGCACCCGCCUCGUCCACGUCGGCGGCUUCUCUUCCAAGGUCGCCGGCGGCGCGAGCCGCGUCAAGUCGUUCGCCGUCGCCGCCGCCGCCCCGGGCGAGGUCGUCGAGAUCCAGUGCGAGUGCAAGGCGCCCGACGACUCGGGCAGGUUCAUGGAUUUCUGGCGGCUGUCUGCACCGGACGGCGCCCGCUUCGGCGACCGUUUCUGGGUCGACGUCUCUGUCGAGGCCGAGGGCGAUGUCGCGCGCUCGUCGCGCGACGACACGGGCUCGCCCCUCGACGCCUCGGACGGCACCAUGACGGGCAGCCACCAGUCGCUGUCGUCGUCGUCGUUCGUCACGCCGAGCCUCAGUGCGGCGGGCAAGGCCGCGUCGCUCCCGCCGAGCGAAGCGCCGAGCGUCGCCUCGUCGUCAGUCGCCCACUCGCCUCGUGUCGCGCCCUCGUCGUCGGGAUUCUCGGUCCCGUCGCACCUCGCGCCGUCGUCGUUCGCCGGCAGCGAGUUUGAGUCGGUCCAGGCGGGCACGGCGUCGCGCGCCGGGAGCGAGGGCGUGUACCUGUCGGGCGACGAGGACGCGUCGUCGGACGAGGACGAGGACGAGUCGGAGGACGAGUCGAGCAGCGAGUCGGAUAGCGACCUUUCGACUUCGAGCGACGAGGACGACAGCGAGGUCGAGUUCGUCCUCGUCGACAGGGCCUGAGCGUCGUCGAGCCGGUCCUUCUCUCUCUCCCUCUCCUCCCCUCCCCUCCUCCUCCCCUCGCCGCUUAGGCUCGUCUGUGUCGUCCCUCUCUCUCUUUGUCUGCUGUAGCUUCUCUCCCUCUCUCUUCGCGCUCGUACCCCCCUUUUGUUGAGAUCCCCCUUCCUCGUUCCAGUUCCCUCUUCCCCACUCCUCCUCCUCCAGGCUCUGCCGUCUCUGCUCCCUUUCUUCGACUCGAAUGCAGUGCUUUCCCUACA